AUGGAUAUGUUCAUUUCGCUGUCACAUUUUUGUGAUAAGCACGGACCAAGAGUGUUAUUAGUCACCCAGAUGAAUUUCAACUCUAGUGACAAUGACCCCCUGUUGUUACCUGAUUACCCACUAGAAUCGUAUUGCGAUUCAUGUAUAUUACAUUUUCCACCAGUAUCUACCAAGCAAGAUAUACGAUCCAUGCGUAGUGUCUUGACGCAUCACAACCAUCAAAUAUCUUUUGUAUCGACUCAAUAUUCUUCUAUACGUUAUCAAUUAUUAUCCUCUAUAAUACGGAAAACUUUUUCCGAAGAAACAAUGAUUUACGAUAUGACUCCUAUGAUUUUCCAAGAUGACAUCAAUAAAUUAAAUUUUGUUAUGGGGUUCAAAUUACAUGAUGAAAACGCAAGAGGUAAUGAACGACGGUAUUGUUUAACAUUUUCUAUCGAUUCUACAGAUCAUUUGCAAUCGAUGCAAUUACUCUCAGCAAACAUAGAUUUUAUUAUUAAUGGCUUCCAAAAGAUGAUUGGUUAUAUUAAACAACUUAGAGAUGUACAAUUGAAUACGUUAGCAAAACAAGGGCAAUUGGAUGAUAAUUUGACGCCAAUUAUAAGUACUUAUUUGAGAGGGAAUAAGACUAAGUCAUCCAAAAAUUUGACUUGUUUGACUAAUGAUAAGGGGAUUUUUGUAAAGUUGCAUAAGUGGAAUACUUUUUUGUUAAGUUCUUUGUAUAAGAAGUGUCAUGAAAAGUACGAGCGUGACGAGUAG